AUGCUCGAAUUCCGGAAAAAGUUGAGCGGAUACAAAGACGCAAUUUUGAAGAAGCUUACUCUGAGCCCAGAGCAAAGAAAGGAGCUUGUGGAAAGGCUGAAGAUGUUCAAAAGGAAAACUAUCGAUCAAGUCUCACCAGCUGGGGACUCCAUUGAAGAGAUUAACUUGAGAAGUCAAAUUGCAGGAGCACUCUUCCAGGGAGAUAUGGUCCUUUCAAAGUUUGUACCUCCACUUCUUCGAUUUCUGCAAGGACAGCAUGAAAGCAUACCACUGGACGCCGAAAUUUCAGCUCAGGACAGCAUUCGUGUGUUUAUGGAAGAUGGAUGUUGGUCUUUCGUUGGCAGACUUGGAGGCAUACAAAACCUCUCACUUGGCGAAGGCUGUGACUCGGUAUGUUUUAAUAAAUCUUCCUUCUAG